AUGGCUAGAAAAAAAAGAUUCAAUGGUGAGGUAAAAGCAUGCGGAAUACAUGAUCUGAUGCGUGAGUUUUGUUUGAUAGAAGCUGAAAUGACAAAGUUUAUGCAUGUUGUGAGAACUCCAUUUGCACCAGCACAAAAGCCUAAUUUUCGUCGCUUCAGUAUUCAAAAGCGUAUUGAGGAUGUGUAUGCUUAUAAAGUAUUAUCCCCUGUAGCCAGAUCUAUGUACUGCUUUUCAUUCUUGGAUCCAUCUUUUGAACCCCAUACUAAGCUUCUCCCUAGAUUGCCCAUCUACCGUCAUGAUCCUAUAAUACAUGGAUUUUUCUCUUGUUUCAACCAUCUCAGGGUAUUGGUCAUCUUCCCUACCUGGUUCGGCCCAUUUCCUCUUGUGAUUACAAAAUUAUUUCAUUUGAGAUAUCUCCAAGUUCAAUAUUUUGGAAAUAUUCCUGAAUCAAUCUCAAAGCUUCAAAAUUUGCAAACUCUAAUUUAUGAUUGUUAUUCUUCACAUGUGACUUUACCUGGGAAGAUAUGGACGAUGAAGAACUUGAGGUAUAUACAUUUAGGGAAAGCUAGUAAUUAUAUACCAAAUCCUAGAAUAGAUAACAAUCUUGUGACGGGGAUGCCAAAUCUAGAGGAAGUUUUCAAUAUUUGUUACUCUAGUUGUACAAAUGAAGUCUUUUCUAGAAUUCCCAAUCUAAAGAGAUUGAGCAUUCGUGCAUCUUCUAUAGUCAGAGAAAAUAUUCUCUAUCGUCUCUUGGAUAUGUCCAGCUUGAGAAAACUUGAGGCAUUCAAGCUUUACUGGAGCUAUAUUUUGGAAAAGCCCAUCAAAAGAUUUGUUUUUCCGACAUCACUUAGGAAGUUGACUUUAGCUUGCUGUACUCAUUUUAUUUGGGAAGAGAUAUCAUCAUCUGUUAUCAUGUUGCCAAAUCUUGAAGAGCUCAAACUUAAAGAUUGUGAAUCCGAAGAUGAUGUAUGGAGAUUGAGUGACAAAGACAUAUUCAAAAGCUUGAAGUUGUUGUUACUGAGCUACCCAAAUCUUAAGUGUUGGGAAGCUAGCAGUGAUAACUUCCCAAAUCUAAAACGUCUUGUUCUGAAGAAUUGCCAGGACCUGCAAGAAAUUCCAACAGAUUUUGGGGAAAUUUGUACUUUGGAAUCAAUUGAGUUACAUGAAUGCUGCAUUACUGCUGAGGAUUCUACAAGAAAUAUCGGAACAAGAGGAAAUGGGAAAUAA